AUGCGACACCUAGCUCUGAAGUUCUUGAGAUGCUCUGUGAGAGAUGGUGAUACUGCAAAGUUCUGGUUUGAUCAUUGGUUGCCAACAGGACCUCUACUCUCCUUCGUAGGGCAAGAUGAUCCUCUUAUGAUGGAAAUACCUAUGUCAAGCAAUAUAGCAGAAGCCUGCACCGCCACAGGAUGGAGACUGCCUUCACACCGGGUGAGACAUAGGAGAGUAGCGGAAGUGCGUGACCACUUAACUGCCCAUCCUCUCCCUACUCAAUCUCAAGGCCCUGAUGUGUUCUCGUGGGAAAUUCCAGGCAUUGUGUCCUCUGACUUCUCCUUGGGUUUAACUUGGGAACACCUACGACCAAAACAUCCUAAGCUCCUGUGGACUCAAUCGGUUUGGUUCAAAGGUUGCAUACCAAAGCAUGCUUUCACAUUUUGGGUUGCUCAUCUCGAUAGGCUUCCAGUCAGGCAAAAACUGGUAACAUGGGGCAUGGAUGUUCCUGACACUUGUGUGCUAUGCAAUCGGCUUUCUGAAACCAGAGAUCAUUUGUUCCUGGAAUGUGAGUACAGCAAGGAUAUAUGGGCUAAGCUGUUCGCUAAGCUGGGGGCUUCUCCUCUGCGGGUAAGAACUUGGGCAGCUCUAGUUAAUUGGUUACAGGCUGCCAGAGGGAACCGGCUUUUCACAAUUAAGCACAUAGCAGCCCAGGCUAUUAUUUAUCUCAUAUGGAGAGAAAGGAACUCAAGAAUGCAUGUUGGGAAUCCUCAACCUCACUCUGUUGUGUUCAAACAGCUGGAUCGAUGCGUACGGGACAUUGCUCUUGCCCGCAAAGAUAGGAAAAGGUUCAAGACCAUGCUUUCCAUCUGGUUUAGAUUCGACUAA